AUGUCAUCGGCGGCGGCAUCCGAUGUGACGAUCCUUUCGGUCAAGCUGGCGACGGCACAGCAACGGCGCACGUGCAAACUUCGGCAGGGCAAGGACACUGCUGGCAGCGCUGCGGGCACAAAGCAGACGGUCAAGCAGGACACAGAGGUGGCCUUCGCCCUGAAGCUGCGCGAGCUGGCUGUGCAGAGGUUGGCCUUCGCGGAGAAGCAGUGGCAGAAAGCCAUUGAGAAGGGAGACUUGGAAGGGGCAAAGGAGUGGGAGAAGAAGGUCGAGAAGGCCGAGGAGAAGAUCAAGGAGGCCAAGGCGGAGGUCAAGGAAGCAAAGGAGGAGGUCAAGGAGGACCUCACAUGGAACAGACAGGAGACCGGAAGGAAGCGGGAGUGCAAGGCCCAGCAGGCGUGCGCGGUCAAGCACGAAGCAGAAGAGGCCGAGGAGGCUGGGACGAUAAGCCCUAGCAAGAGGCGUCGCAUCGGUCAGUCCAGCGAGUCCUUUGGCGCCGCGCCCGCAGAGAGCCGGGCGGCCGCCGACGCCUCAGCUUCGACGGGCUCCGAGACCGCAGCACGCGGAGGCCCCGUACUAACGAGGGUGCGAAACAUCGCCUGGAACCGACAUACCGCGCUCUGGUGCGUCAGCUGGACCGAAGCUGGCAAGAACCGGCAGGUCCGCUUCCCCAUCUCCAAGCAUUUAGCGGAGGGCCUCUCUGAGAAAAAGGCGGUGGCGGCCGCGCUGGAGGAGGCCAAGGCGUUCCGCGAGGACCUUGUGCGCCGGGGCAAGCUGAAGCACCCGAAGCCCCUCACAAGCACAGUGAGGGGCGUUCGUCGCACACCAACUGGAUCGUUUCUCGUCCAACUCCGCAAUCCGCGCACCAGGAAGCUACAGCAUGGCGGCAGCUUCGAGACGCUGGCGGAGGCCGAGGCUAAGGCGCGGAAGCUGGCGAAGAAGCUGGGCCUGCGCAAGCAGCUGCACGGGCAGGUGGUGCCGGUGGAGCUCUCGGAUCUUCCGCGCUUCGAGCCGCUCGGGCCGGAGCAGGGAGUGGCAUGGCAAAUCCGUGCGCAGGCCUGGUAUGCACGUUGCCUUGUCAAAGGGAAGAACAGGUGCAAGAUCUUCCGGCCCAAGGAUCUCUCGGAGAAGGAGGUGCAGAAGGCCUGGAAGAAGGCGGUGGCCUGGCGCAAGCGGCAGGAGAAGGAGAGGGAGCGAGCCAAGCGGUCUCGGAAGCAAUAUUGA